AUGGAGGGGCAGCCUCUCUGGAUGAACUACACUGUCACCACUUCUUUUGACACGUCUACUUUCUUCAGCAAGGUGCCCGCAUGGAAUAUUUCCGGCGCGUCUCCUCAGCAGCAGGCCAGCUCGCCACUGCCACAAGGCAAGGGCUUUGUGUUGGGUGAUGGGAGCCCGUUUGCAUACACGUUGGUGGAUGCUGGAGACAUGGUGUUGGAUGUUCCCGAAAGCGAGGCCUCGGAGGGCCAUAUUGCCCCGGACCUGCUGGCCCUGGCCCGGGGUACUGUUGGGGAGGGUAGGCUUGGGAUGGAGGUCCGGGAUACUGCUGCUGCUGUGGUGCACCUGGGGGGAAACCUGGGUACUGUUGUGGCCCACCUGAAGGGCCACCUGGGUACUGUUGUUGAGCAACUGGAGGGGCACCUGAAUACUGCUGUGGGCCACCCGGAUACUGUUGUGGAGCACCUGAAGGACCACCUGGAUACUGUUGUUGGCCACCUGACGGACCACCUGGGUACGGGGGUGGGGGACCCUGCUGUGGUGCAUACUGCUGAGAGGGGGGAGGCAUGUAUGGCUGUUGCUGAUACUGCUGCUGCUGCUGCUGCUGCUGCUGCUGAAAUUGUUGCGGCUGCUGGUAGUGUUGCUGCUGCUGGUAACCCAUGGGAGGAGGAGGGUAGGAUCCCGGGUACCCCCCCGGCUGCUGUUGAUAGGCCCCUGGGUGAAGGGGAGGACCACCUGGGGGAGGCAUACCUGGCGCAGGCUGGUAGGGCUGGAGAGGGUGGGGGCCAGGAUAGGGAGCGUGGCCAGGGGGAGGGUAGGCAUGAGGAGGGUAUUGGAACGGUGGAGCAGCAGAUGCAUCACCACUGCUAG